AUGGCGCGACGAACAUACCAGCCUCGUCGCGAAUGCUUGACGAUCCUCCCUACUAACACGAAGUGGAAUACCUAUCGUAUUGUCAUAAUUUUGCUCGUACUCGCGCUUGACUUCAAUGGAUCGGUCGUCGUACGCGCGAAACUCUUAGCCGCCGUGAUCCUUCCGCACGGCGACUUUGCCUACGACCCGACGUUGCUGCCGACAUCCCAUCCCGGUCGACCGAUAGCCGAUCGAUUGGCUAGUACAUCGCGUGCCGUCGGUCACUGGCUUGUCCAAAAGAAUGUCGCUCCCGACGUUCUUUUCUUUUCAACGCCACACGGGAUUGCCCUGUCCAACGAUUUCGCCCUGUACCUGGGCUCCAUGGCCAGUGGGACCGCGCGGAUUGGAAAAGAUCUACGCAAUGCCAGUUUCAUUCCCUACAAUGUGCGUAUUGCCAACGUAACAUUGGCUCCCACAAUGGUGGCAGAUCUUAUACAUUAUUUGCGAGUACUGCGGCAACAAAAUGUGUCGGGCGUUUCCACCUCGCCCGAUGAUGCCGAUGACGUUCCUUUGCAUUGGGCCGAAGUCAUUCCACUUUCGUUUCUGGAUUCCAACAAAAAAGGCAGCGUUGUAGGAAGAGAACAAUCCGCUCUCAGAAAAUCUCAUCGGCGACGUCGCUUACCCACAGGCGCCGGCAAAACGAGGCAGCAUUUGAUAUGGUCCCAUCCGUUGCAGCGGUACAACGCAGCACCAGCCAUGGUUCCGGAAUUGCUGCACGUAGGAUGUCUACUGCGGACUUGGCUUGAACAGCGCCCUGAAACAUUUGCAGUCGUCGUCUCCGCCGAUUUGUCUCAUACACAUCGACAGGACGGUCCCUACGGAUAUUCCAACACUUCAAUAGCCUUUGAUGCCGCCCUAGUGGAAUGGGCGAGCGGCAAUCCUUGUCGGAACCAAGCUGCUCUACUGGAGCGGGCUCGACACUUACAAGCAGGAGCAAAAUCUUGUGGAUACACCGGCCUGGUCCUUUUGCACGGAAUACUUUGCUCAAGCAACGAAAAUUGGGAAUCCCAGUCGCCCCACAAUUCGCAAUUGUGGGAAUCCAAGGUAUGGGCAAACGGAAACGCGACCUAUUUUGGCAUGAUGGCCGUCAGUAUCGCAAAGAAUUUUGAGGAUAUAUCCUCACCAUGA